AUGACCGAGCUUGUUGGCUCUCAUACCGCAUCCAUUCAAAAAUUGGAUAUGCAAAUGAGAUACCUCUCUAGGGAACAAAAUCCAAAACAAAAGGUAACACUCCCUAGUGACAUAAUUGUGAACCCAAAGGGUAGUGGGAGUGGCCCAACUUCUCAUGUCAAGGCAAUUACUACUCGGAGUGGGAAGGUACUACAAGGAGAGGGUGAACACGUGGUUGAGGAAGAAGAGUUCGAGAAAGGGGUUAAGGUUAAAGAGCCAAGUGUUGUCGAAAUUGAGAAGAUUCUGGAAGAUGUGCAAGUGCAAAAAGAGAACCGGGAAGAGGUAAAGGAAAAGGUAAAAGAGACACCAAAAACUCUUCCACCUAUUCCGAUACCUCCUCCUCCAUUCCCUCAAAGACUCGCUAGGAAGAAAGAAGACCCGGGAGCUUUCACCAUUCUUUGUACUAUUGGGGCAUAUGAUUUUGCAAGAGCCCUUUGUGAUAAUGGAGCUAGCAUCAACUUGAUGCCUCUUGCCAUUUACAAGAAAGCGGGAUUAGGUAUGUCAAGGCCCACAAGUAUGAGAUUGCAAAUGGACGAUUGUUCCAUCAAACAACCGAUGGGAAUUGUUGAUGAUGUACUUUUGAAGGUGGGAAAAUUUCAUUUACCCGCCGACUUUGUAAUCCUUGAUUGUGCAGUUGAAAAAGAGAUACCGAUCAUCUUGGGGAGACCAUUCCUUGCCACUGGAAGAGAACUAAUGGAUUCGGAACGGAAUGAGAUCAAAUUCCGGGCGAAUGAUGAAGAGGUUACAUUCCAAGCAACAAGGGUAUGA